GCGCAGGCGCGUCGCUCCCCUUCCCCGGCGGGCGGGCGGGCGGACGGAGCCGGGCCAUGGCGGCGCUCAGCCUCACCGUCAACGCCGGAGACCUCCCUCUCGGAGCUCUGUUGACCGUUGAGCAUGUGAAGACGAAUGUCAGAGUUGCAGUUGAAGAAGGGAAAGAGAACAUCCUUCGCGUUUCUGACAAUGUUUCCUUCACCGAUGUGAAUUCCAUAGUUCGUUACUUAGCUAGAGUGGCAGCUUCAACUGGAUUGUAUGGCUCUAAUCUGAUGGAACAUACUGAGAUUGACCACUGGCUUGAGUUCAGUGCUACAAAAUUAUCUACCUGUAAUUCGUUUGAUUCAGCAAUCAGUGAGCUCAAUCAUUCCCUCUCUCUGAGAACUUACUUGGUUGGAAAUUCUCUGAGUUUAGCAGAUUUGUGUGUCUGGGCCACCCUUAAAGGAAAUAAUACCUGGCAGGAGCAACUGAAGCAGAACAAAACUCUCGUUCAUGUGAAGCGCUGGUAUGGCUUUCUCGAGGCUCAGCAUGCCUUUCAGUCAGUGGGUUCCAAAUGGAAUGUUACUGCUGAACCCAAGACCAGAGGGGCGACUGAAAAGAAGCAGGAUGUUGGGAAGUUCGUUGAGCUCCCAGGAGCAGAGAUGGGGAAGGUUAUUGUCAGGUUCCCUCCGGAAGCAAGUGGUUACUUACAUAUUGGGCAUGCCAAAGCUGCUCUCUUAAACCAGCACUACCAGAUUAACUUUAAAGGGAAACUGAUCAUGAGAUUUGAUGACACAAAUCCUGAAAAGGAAAAGGAAGAUUUUGAAAAGGUUAUCUUGGAGGAUGUUGCAAUGCUGCAUAUCAACCCAGAUCAGUUUACUUACACCUCAGACCAUUUUGAAACAAUAAUGAAAUAUGCAGAGAAACUUAUUCAGGAAGGGAAAGCUUAUGUAGAUGAUACACCAGCAGAGCAAAUGAAGGCCGAAAGGGAGCAGAGGACAGAAUCUAAACACCGAAAAAACUCUGUCGAGAAGAAUCUGCAGAUGUGGGAAGAAAUGAAAAAAGGAUCUCAGUUUGGUCAGACUUGUUGCUUACGAGCAAAAAUUGACAUGAAUAGUAAUAAUGGGUGCAUGAGGGACCCAACUCUUUAUCGCUGCAAAAUCCAACCACAUCCACGUACAGCAAGUAAAUACAACAUUUACCCCACAUAUGAUUUUGCGUGCCCCAUCGUCGACAGCAUUGAGGGGGUUACUCAUGCUUUGAGGACAACAGAAUACCACGACAGGGAUGAGCAGUUCUACUGGAUUAUUGAAGCUCUGGGCAUAAGAAAGCCGUAUAUUUGGGAGUAUAGUCGUCUAAACCUAAACAACACCGUUCUGUCAAAAAGAAAACUUACGUGGUUUGUCAAUGAAGGACUAGUUGAUGGAUGGUAUGACCCAAGGUUUCCAACAGUACGCGGUGUCCUUAGGAGAGGGAUGACAGUCGAAGGGCUGAAACAGUUCAUUGCGGCUCAAGGCCUCCUCCUCGGUCAGUUGUGAAACAUGGAGUGGGAUAAAAUUUGGUCAUUUUAACAAAAAAGGUAGCUGCGAGCUAUCUGUAAGAAGGUCAUAGACCCCAUAGCUCCUCGGUAUGUUGCUCUCCUGCAGAAUGAAGUUGUCCCAGUGAACAUUCCUGAAGCUCAGGAGGAGAUAAAGGAAGUGGCCAAACAUCCGAAGAAUCCUGAUGUUGGCUUGAAACCUGUGUGGUAUGGUCCCAGGGUACUCAUUGAAGGAGCUGAUGCAGAGACCUUGUCAGAGGGAGAAACUGUUACCUUCAUAAACUGGGGUAACAUCGAUAUCACUAAAAUUCACAGAAAUCCUAACGGGAAAAUCGUGUCCCUUGAUGGAAAGUUGAACUUGGAGAACAAGGACUACAAGAAAACCACUAAGAUUACCUGGUUAGCAGAGAAUCCUCUGGCUCUGCCCAUCCCUGCUGUCUGUGUGAAUUAUGAACAUCUGAUCACUAAACCAGUCCUGGGCAAAGAUGAAGAUUUCAAGCAGUAUGUGAACAAGAAUAGCAAGCAAGAAGAACUUAUGCUGGGGGAUCCUUGCCUUAAGGACUUGAAAAAAGGAGAAAUAAUUCAGCUGCAAAGAAGAGGGUUUUUCAUUUGUGAUCAACCAUACGAGCCCUUUAGCCCUCACAGUUGUAGAGAAGCUCCAUGCAUUUUGAUCUAUAUCCCUGAUGGACACACAAAGGAAAUGCCAACAUCUGGUUCAAAGGAAAAGACCAAGGCAGAAAUAACAAAGAAUGAGGCACCUACUGCUGUCAAAGGAAAGUCUGUGGCAGUUGUAACUCAUACUACGAAUGAGAGCCCUCUAGACCUGUACAACAAAGUUUCUUCUCAAGGGGAUGUAGUUAGAGAGUUGAAAGCCAAGAAGGCAGCAAAAGAAGAGGUUGAUACUGCUGUAAAACAACUCUUGGCUCUGAAAUCGGAAUAUAAGACGAAAACUGGGCAGGAAUAUAAACCUGGUAGUCCUCCAUCAACAGUACAAGUACAGGAUGCUGCCUCCAAGCCUCUGGAUAGUAAAUCUCUUUAUGAUAAAGUUGCUGAACAAGGAGAGGCGGUCCGGAAACUCAAAGCUGAAAAAGCUUCUAAGGAUCAGAUAAGUGAUGCUGUGAAAGAACUUUUAACUUUAAAGGCAGAAUAUAAACAAAAGACAGGGCAGGAAUACAAACCUGGAGCCCCACCUUCUGUUCUGCCUCCUAGCCAGCCUUCUCCUUCUGCUCCUACUCCUGCUUCCACUUCGAAUGCUUCUUUGGUAGACAGCAAAGCUCUGUACAGUAAGGUAGCUGAACAAGGAGAGAGGGUGCGCAAACUCAAAGCUGAGAAAGCUCCAAAGGAUCAAAUAGAUGCAGCUGUGAAAGUGCUUCUGACUCUCAAAGCAGAAUAUAAAGAAAAGACAGGCCAGGAAUACAAACCUGGGAACCCUCCUGCAGCUUCUCCGCUUUGCACAUCGGCAUCUCCCAGCCUUACCCCCUCACCGCCCUGCAAUGAUGUGACAUUUUCUAAUUCAGCAGAAAGCAGAAAGUGUUACGAUAAAGUAGCCGAACAGGGAGAAGUGGUCCGUAGACUCAAAGCUGAAAAAGCCUCAAAGGAUCAAGUGGAUGAAGCCGUAAAACUAUUACUGUCUCUGAAAGCGGAGUAUAAAGAAAAGACUGGUCAGGAGUACAAGCCCGGGCAACCACCAGCACUCCAGACUUCUGUUCCAGGUCCAGCCAAAAGCGCAGACGCCAGUGGUCCUGACACCCCUGAAGCUAAAGCUCUCUUUAACAAGGUGGCUUCUCAAGGAGAAGAGGUUCGGCAACUGAAAGCUGAGAAAGCUUCCAAGGAUAAGAUAGAUGCAGCUGUUCAGGAACUCCUUCAGCUGAAGGCCCAGUACAAAUCUCUGACAGGCAUGGACUAUAAACCGGUCACUGCCACUGGUACUGAAGACAAAGAUAAGAAGAAGAAAGAGAAAGAGAAUAAAUCUGAAAAGCAGAAUAAGCCUCAGAAACAGAACGAUGGUCCAAAGAAAGAAUCUGCAAAAGACCAAGGCAGUGGGCUGUCCUCAGGGGGACCCGGAGAUGGUCAAGGACCUAAGAAACAGACAAGAUUGGGUUUAGAGGCAAAAAAAGAAGAAAAUUUGGCAGACUGGUUUUCUCAGGUCAUUACAAAAUCGGAAAUGAUUGAGUACUAUGAUGUGAGCGGGUGCUAUAUUCUCCGUCCUUGGGCCUAUUCCAUUUGGGAAGCCAUCAAAGAUUUCUUCGAUGCUGAGAUCAAGAAACUUGGAGUGGAGAACUGCUACUUCCCCAUGUUUGUGUCUCAAGCUGCAUUGGAGAGAGAAAAGACUCACAUUGCCGAUUUUGCCCCCGAGGUUGCUUGGGUUACGAGGUCUGGCAAAACAGAGUUGGCCGAACCAAUAGCAGUUCGUCCUACCAGUGAAACGGUAAUGUAUCCUGCUUAUGCAAAAUGGGUCCAGUCACAUAGGGAUUUGCCUAUCAGACUUAAUCAAUGGUGUAAUGUAGUGCGCUGGGAAUUCAAACAUCCACAGCCUUUCCUGCGCACCCGUGAGUUCCUCUGGCAGGAAGGACACAGCGCAUUCGCUACAUAUGAAGAAGCAGCAGAGGAGGUCUUGCAGAUACUUGACCUCUAUGCUAAGGUGUAUGAAGAACUACUGGCAAUCCCUGUUGUGAAGGGAAGAAAGACUGAAAAGGAGAAAUUUGCAGGAGGAGACUAUACCACUACUGUAGAGGCCUUCAUAUCAGCCAGUGGAAGAGCUAUCCAGGGAGCCACAUCCCAUCACCUUGGUCAGAAUUUUUCCAAAAUGUUUGAGAUUAUUUUUGAAGAUCCAAAGACACCGGGGGAGAAACAGUUUGCGUAUCAAAACUCUUGGGGCCUUACAACACGGACUAUUGGGGUAAUGACCAUGGUUCAUGGAGAUAAUAUGGGCCUGGUGCUGCCUCCCCGUGUAGCAUCUGUUCAGGUUGUUGUUUAUAUCACAAACUCACUUUCUGAAGAAGACAGAGAGGCCCUGAUAAAGAAGUGCAAUGAGUAUCGAAAACGACUACUCAGUGCAAAUGUCCGUGUGCGCGUUGAUUUGCGAGACAAUUACUCGCCAGGAUGGAAAUUCAAUCACUGGGAACUCAAGGGAGUCCCUAUCAGACUUGAAGUUGGACCACGUGACAUGAAGAACUCUCAGUUCGUAGCGGUUAGAAGAGAUACCGGAGACAAGAUUACAAUUGUUGAAAAUGAGGCAGAGACUAAACUUAAAACCAUUUUGGAGGAGAUCCAUGUAAAUCUUUUCAACAGGGCUUCUGCAGAUCUCAAGACCCACAUGGUCGUUGCUAACACUAUGGAAGAUUUUCAGAAAGUACUGGAUUCAGGAAAGAUUGCUCAGAUUCCAUUCUGUGGAGAAAUUCACUGUGAGGACUGGAUCAAGAAAACUACAGCCAGGGAUCAAGAUCUCGAACCUGGCGCCCCAUCCAUGGGAGCGAAAAGUCUCUGCAUCCCCUUCAAACCUCUCUGUCAGCUGCAGCCUGGAGCCACGUGCAUCUGUGGCAAGAGCCCCGCCAAGCACUACACCUUAUUCGGUCGUAGUUAUUAGUGCCAGUGUCGCCUCUCUGAUUUCCAAACCUCCAAACCUUUUUUAAACUACAAGGCUGAAAACCGUCCCACGUACAUACCGGUUUUGUGACUUUUUAGAUGAAAAUUGUAAAAACAAAGCCAUAAGAAACAGUUUAAAAAAAAAAAAGUCAUCAUUGUCUCAGCAUAGCAGUGGUAAGGACUUUUCUGUAAACAACUCUAAAAAUAAAUAUGUAUUGUGAGCUAU